AUUCAACUGUAGUACUUGAUCACCAUGUGUAAUCCUCUGCUAUCUUCUCCAUAUUACGUGAGGGUUGCUGCUAUUCUGCUUGUUUUUCUCUUUGUCAAUUCCCCCAUCUGUCCUGCUGGCUUCACUUGUCAAGACAAUGAGAGGCAAGCCCUCUUCCAAUUCAAGAUAGGACUCAAGGAUCCUGGUAAUCGACUGUCUUCUUGGGACGUGACCACCGACUGCUGCUUGUGGAAGGGAGUUUCCUGUGACAAUAGGACAGGGCAUGUAAUUGGAUUAGACCUUCACAAUGAUCACAAUGAACACCAGCACCGAUACCAGGAGCAGAGUGUUUCAGAUGACAGAUGGGCCUUGGGAGGUGAACUUAGUCCGUGUUUGCUCGCCAUCGAGCAUUUGACUACUCUGGACCUCAGUGGCAAUUACUUCGGAAAUAUGCUCAUACCUCAUUUCUUGGGCUCCUUCAAGCAGUUGGCCACUCUGAGACUGUCAAGAGCAGGCUUUGGUGGAAGAAUACCUCACCAGCUUGGCAAUCUCUUGAGCCUGCACCAACUUGAUCUUUCGAACAACGGGCAUUCCCUCCUGCUUGACGAUUGCUGGUGGCUCUCUAAUCUCACCUCUUUGCAACACCUAGACUUGAGCUUUGUUAACUUUGGAAUUGCAGCCAACUGGCUGGAGGCACUGAACGCACUCCACUCCAUACUCGAGAUACGCCUGUCUCAGUGUGGCCUUCUGAAUGGCAUUCCCAGCUCUUUUCAGCACUUAAAUUUAACAUCACUAGUCACCCUUGAUCUCUCAGAUAACUACUCCAAUUCUACCCUGCCUACCUGGCUGUUUGAUCUAAAAAGUCUUCAAAAUCUCUUCCUCAGAGGGAACUACUUUUAUGGCUCUAUUCCUGCGAGUAUCGGUAACAUGUCUUCUCUCACUGUACUAGAACUCUCUGAUAGGUUUUCUCUUAGAGGUUCAAUCCCCGGGGCUCUUGGGAACCUCUGUAAGCUGCAGCAGCUCGAUCUGACAUGGUCACCUCUCAGACAAAAUUUAAGUGACAUGAAGGAAAUAUUUUCUGGAUGCGUCAAGAAUAGCUUAACAAAAUUGAGCUUGCGAGGUGCUUCUCUCAGUGGUUAUCUUCCAGAAUGGAUAGGGGAUUUCCAGAAUCUCAAAAUUUUGGAUUUAUCUAUGAACUCACUAUCCGGUAAGCUGCCUUCCUCACUUGGAAGAUUACUAUCUCUACAACAGUUGAGUCUGUAUGGAAAUGAACUGAAUGGUGAUGUUCCGGAAACCAUUGGAUGGCUCUCAGAGCUAGUUAUCUUGAAGCUUGGCCUGAAUUCUUUCAAAGGUGGUCUGUCUGAGAACUUUUUUGCUAAUCUGACAAAGUUAAAGAACCUUGGUCUUUCCUCCACGUCCUUGGCUUUGAAUGUAAGACCAGACUGGAAACCUCUAUUCCGGCUCGAGUACAUUAACAUGAGUUCAUGCAUAUUAGGACCUCAAUUUCCUUCAUGGAUUAAAACACAAGAGAGCCUGUCCUCGCUGCACAUGUAUGACGUUAACAUUUCAGAUUCCAUACCUGAUUGGUUUUGGAACUUUUCAUCCAGCUUGGAGUUCAUUGAUCUCUCUCACAAUGGUAUCAGAGGUAUGCUGCCAGACUUAUCAGAGCUAUCUGACAGUAAGCUCACCUAUGUGGAUCUGAGUUGCAACUUGUUGGAGGGGACAGUGCCACAAUUUCCUAGAAGUAUAUCCUAUCUGUUUCUGUCGAAUAACUCAUUUUCAGGGCUUAUUCCUCCUGGCAUCCACAAGACAAUGCCCAAAUUGCAAUACUUGUUCUUGUCAAAGAACAAUCUUAGUGGCAGCAUACCUUUAUUUCCGUGUAAUUUGGAGGAGCUGAUAGCUCUCGAUUUAUCAGACAAUCAUCUAUCUGGAGAACUCCCUGAUUGCUGGAAGGGUUCUUCAAACUUGCAGGAUUUGGAUUUCUCUCAAAAUGAGAUAUCCGGACAGAUUCCCAUCUCAAUUUCUCAUCUGACAUCCCUGGAGCAUUUGAUCUUGAGAGGAAAUAGACUGUCUGGUGGUCUUCCGUCUUCCCUUGAUAGUUGUCGGGCAAUGGUGUUACUUGAUCUCAGUUAUAACCAGUUAUCUGGAGAAAUAACAUGGAUGGACAGAAGCUUCUCAAAUUUAAAAUUUCUUAACCUUAGGGCCAAUAUGUUCAGUGGCAACCUACCUCCGUUAUCUCAGCUAAAUUCUCUACGAAUCUUGGACCUCUCGAGAAACAAUUUUUCUGGAAACAUUCCCAAGAGCUAUGGUAAUUUGCGUGCCAUGUCUUAUUCCCUCAACCACGUGCCAAGUGAAACUGCUUCCUACUCCCAUGUUGCCAUGAACCUAGAAAUCAAGGGUUUAUAUAUCCAGUUCAGCAAUGUGCUUAAUCUGGUAGCGGCCAUAGAUCUGUCAAAAAAUCACUUAUUGGGACCUAUCCCUGAAGAACUGACAGAUCUUUAUGGAUUGAGAUUUUUGAAUUUAUCUGGAAAUAAUCUAACAGGGCACAUCCCAGACAAAAUAAACUUAUUAAAGGUUUUGGAGGCUCUUGAUUUAUCAAGCAACAAUCUGUCAGGUGCAAUUCCUCCCAGCUUUGGUCAACUAAAUUUCUUGAGCUACAUGAAUUUAUCUUACAACAACCUAUCGGGAAGAAUUCCAAUUUCAGGUCAACUUUCAACUUUCGAUUCAACAAUUUAUGUAGGUAAUCAAGGCCUUUGUGGUAUUCCUUUGCAUGAGUGCCAAGAUAAGGUCAGUAUAAAAGACGAAGCUCAUUUAACCAGUCCUGAGAUUUGGUUGCACCUCAGUGCAGAGCUGGUCAUGUUUAUGCUUCUGCUAUAGCUGGUUAUUGGAUCAAAGUUCCUGGAAGUUGGCUGCCCCUUGGAGUCUGCAUCCAUUUCAUCUGUAAAAGCUGUGGAAAAGGUGAAAGGCACUUCUUAUACCCAACUUAUAUGACUGCCACCCUGUUCUUUGCUUGAUCUUGUUGGGAUGAUGUGUCAAAACAUUAACCCUACAAAUAAGCCCUCUCUUUGGUUGCUCCAGCAUAUGGAUGAUUUCAC